AUGGAUGAUGUCAAUCUUCAGAAUCAACUUGCGGCAGCACAAACCUUGGAGGUUAUUGGAGAAGUUGAGGCAGAAUUUAGAAUGAACAGCCGGGAAAAACUUUACAAACGCCUCACGGAAUGUCUCGGCACCGAAAAUGCAGUCGUGAACUUUCUCAUCUGGUUUUUCAAGGAAAGCGGCCUAUCACCCCAAUCCCUUCCCACCGUGUGCUUGCAAUGCAACCAACCGUACACAACCGGAAGAUGGUGUAAACCUUGCGAAGCCUACUUAUUUGACAAGAACUCUGAUUCGUGGACAAGCGGAGAUGAGAAGAUCGAUAAGUUGAUUCGAAAAUCCCAGGUUAACUCCGGUGGCGAACGCGAUUUUCUCCGAUGGAUGUCCUACGACGAUUUCACAGUUGUGGAGAAAAUUGGCGAAGGUGGAUCCUCGGUAAUCCAUAAGGCAAUGAUGUACCGAGAUCCGUUAGACGGAACGUUACAACAAUGGGUGGAAAAUAUGGAGGUUAUGACAGUGUUGGCAUAUAUGAGGUAUGACUAUGAUGAGCUGAGUAAAAGCAGGUGGGAGGGUAUUCUUGCAGAGUAUGUAACAAUGAUAAAUGAGUGCACGGAAGAGGAGAGAGAGAAAAAGGCGAUAAAUUUUUUUAAAGAGUUGUAUUCGGAAUAUGAGAAGGGGGAAAAGGCUUGGGUUUUCAACGCCCCCCGAAUUAAGGCGACAGCGGCAACAUCACGACACUCAUAUGUUCCCCGGACGAUGGCGGUAUAUAAAAAAUUUAAACCGAAGGAGGUGGUGCUAAAACGUUUGUCGCAUCCUUUGUCUGACGAUUCUUUGGAAAGGCAAGGUUGCAUACACGGUAAUAUUCAUACCGGAAACAUCUUGAUCGAUGAGUCCUCGGGUGAACCUGAGGUGUGGAUCACGGACAUUGGGAGUUAUCAUCCCACGGAAUUGGACAAGGAAGACAAGGAAGGCAAAGGAAAAAUAGUAUACGGAUUGUUGCCACAUGUGGCACCAGAGGUUCUACGCGGUAAAUCCCGCACUCAAGCCUCGGAUGUUUACAGCCUGGCAAUAGUGGUGUGGGAAAUUGUCACCGGCAAAAUUCCCUUCGCCGAGAUUCAAUAUGAUGAUAAUUUGGCUCGGGAAAUAUGCAAAGGAUUUAGACCCGAAUUGAACGUUAAAGAGAUAACGGAGACAUUAUCGUUAUGGCGAUUGUCACAACAUGUUAACAUCAACGAAGCAAAAAAUGUAAUUUGUUCUUUGAGGGGGAGAAUUACAGUUAAUAACAAGGAGAACAAGAACAAAAAUCCACCGGGAGACGAGUCUUCGAAUAUAGAUUACUUUGAUUAUAUGCAACACCAAAAUCUUGACGCGUUCCGAAGACAGGAGUUCCUGAAACAGAAGCCCAACAAUAAAACUUCAUCGUUUCCUUUCUAUCUUGAAAGAUUGCCAGAACCCAGGAAUCUUGAUGAAUAUGCUUGCGCAUUGAAACUCAGCAAGGAAAAGAAUCGUGAGAUGAUGACAGAGUCUUCGGUUAACGAAGAAGAAUUUGACACCGUAUCAUCAUCCCUGGACGAAUCGGUCAGCGACAACUUUAGUGUAAUUAGCAGUGAUGGCGAAGAGUCAACUGGUGUGAUUUCAUUGAGUGAAGAUGAGUUUAUGUCAUCAAGUAGUUCCAACGAGGAGGAUAAAUAUGACAAUUUAUCAGAUAUACAGUA